ACGGGAUUUCUUGAAACGGGAUUUCUCAGAACGGGACACUCCGUUACAUUUUCACUUGUCUUCAAUGGGAUAUUAACUAACAAUCAAUAAUCUAAAUCAGCCCGAGCAAAAUGUUAUCCAAGUUUCUGCUGCCCAGAUAUCUACCUCUGACGAGCAACUAGGAAAUUUAAGCCCUGCUUAUGUUGUUAGUAGACAUGGUGUCAAACAAUAUAGAAUAGCUGCACCAUGCUGCUUUAUAACAACCAACAUGAUGCCUCAGACUUGUUGAUAGGAAGUCCCUUUCUGAACCCUCGCUAUGUGCCACAUGUACAAAUGUGAUGGUGUCUUGUCAUUGUUCCACAAGCUAGUUUUAUUUUAAAGACUAAUGGUUUUAGGUUACUUAUGAGAGAUAACUGGUCAGAUAGAUUGUCAAUUAUAGUAAUUAGCAGAUGUUGUAUGUGUGCUCUCACCAAUUCCAGUCCAUUCAUACAGUUUGCAAUUGCUAAGUAUGUAAUUAUUUUCUUGACGUACUGACCAACUGAUGACAUAUAGUACUAUUUGUGAAAUGAAUGAUCAAGUUUCUGUCUGUAUCUUUACUGCUCUGCAACACCAAUGUGCUGUAAAUGAGAGACUUAAAAGGACUGGAAUACAAUGCAGACAAUUUGCUAAGAUUGGUGAUACCAAACUCAAACUUUGCAGUAAACCAAGUCUUUGUACAGACAAGUGUUGGUACUUGAUACCUAUUCAUCGUAGUUUUAAUUGCAAAGACUACUGGCAUCCUGAAGAUAUUCCUUGGAUACUGGAGUCAUUUGAUAAACUUUUGAAGUUUGGACAUGUCAUAUGGAUGUGUCAUCGCAUUCUCCAUGAUGGGAAAUGGAAGUGGAUACAAGCCCAGUCCAGAGUGGUUGCCAAUCAAUACUUGGAUACAACCGUCUCAUUUGUCAGUGAGGAAGUCGGCAAGAGAGCACUGAUGUUACGAGGUUCCCAUGAAAGGGAAAACAGUUCUUCUGGUGUAGAAGCUUAUCUAAGUCAGCAAACAGUUGCAUCGCUUUCAUUGCAAAUAGAUGGAUUCAGUGAUUGUUAUCUAGAAAAGCCUGUACCAUCUAUGUCCCCUGCUUAUUUGUCAGACAAUUAUUCAAUGAGCGAAGAGACUGCUCGGUUUCAUAAUUCCAAGGAUGCUCAGCCAUUGCAACCGAAUUUGUCUGAUAAUGCACAAAGUCGGAACUCCCUAUUCUCACGCAGCAGUCUCAGACAUUCUUUGACUUCACAGUGUGCUCCACUCCAACAACUGCAUAAGACCCACUGUUCACCUGCAGAAAAUUGUUUUACAGACACUUCUUGUAGGUGGUCUUGUAGUGAUUGCUCUUCUACAUCUACUAUGAGUCAUGGAGAGGUGGAUUCAUUGUUUGGUGGGUUUGACUGUCUCGACGAUGACCCAAAUCUUGGAAUUGAGAGUGUAAUUGUCAACAGUAAUGUAGUGAAGAUUGAAUUCCCGUCAUGGAAUUUACAUUGCCCCACAUAUGCAAUGUCUUCAGGGUCCUCUGUUAAUGAUUCACUAGUAACAAGCAAUCAAGAAACUAUAUCUGACUCUGUGUCAAAGAGACAUUUGGUUGACACAGCUUGUAUCAGCGUGCCUCCUAAGUUUACAUGGUGUCCAGCUCCUACAAGAAAUCUGUUUAUGGAUACGUCACAUCAACACUUCGGUUACUUCAACGAACGACAACCAGCUCCUAUGUUUAGUGAGGCAGUGUUUGCAGAGAAGUGGAAUGAGAGAAGCCACACUCAUUCUGGUAGUGUUUUAACUGAUGACCUUCGGUCUACUGAUGUCACAACUUUUUGUUCUAUUUCUACUUGUGCUCAUCAUCCUGUGUAUGCUAUUCAAAUGCCUAAUAGUACUCCUGAAACUGAGACUGAUAGAGCUAUUGAGGAUGUUUGCAACGAAGAUUUUGGGGACCUACAACCGUUAACUUGGGAUUGGACAGUUGGAAUUGACGUCAACACAGCACUUCACCAAGACAAAACUACUUGUUACUAAAUUACAUCUACUGCUUUGGGUUUAAUUGGGUCAUUUCAUUCAGCAACAACUUCUACACUGACAGGCAAGUAGGUGGAAUACACUAUAGCCACUGUAACAGAUUGGUUGUAAACAAAGUUUUAUUUAUGAAUGAAAUAACAUUUCUAUAGACAAGCAGUGAAUUUAAUUUAAAUAGAAGACACAAACCUUGCCUUUAGAA